AUGUCACAUAAUUUGGAUAACGCUGAAGAAAUAUAUAAUUCUGUUGAGAUUAAAAGUAAAGGGAAAAAGGCAUUAAAGAAAACAGCAGAUUAUUUGUUUCAAAAAGCAAUUAAACAACUUUCAUCUGAAUUAUUUUAUGAGCAUAAGCAAAUAAGCGACGAAGAGGUGAAAAAGCAGCUCAAAGAUAAGUUGAAAAAUGACAAAGAUUGUGCUGAGCAAUUACAAUAUUUGAAAGAAAAGAGAUUUUUAUUCGAUAAGUUGUGGAAUAAAAAAUUUUAUUCAGAUGUCAGUAUUGAGGACUCCAAGAAAGUUUAUGAAGAAUUAUACAAUCCAAGCGAUCCAAAUAACCCAAAUUCAGAUACUUUUCUUGCUUUAAUCAUCAAAUAUGCUUUUAUAUCUGAAGAUGAACAUACCUAUGCUAAUACUAUUUGGACACAGACUGUUCUUGAACUUAUUUUUAAUGAAAAUUAUCUUUUGGCAAAACUUGACUCUGACAUUAAUAAAAAAGAUGCUUGCGUCUCUUCUGCAAACUCACAAGUUGAAUCUUUAGAUUUGAUAGAUAUUAAUGAUCAUUACGAAAACUUGUCUAACUUCGACUCUGAAAGCCAUCUAAGCGAUAAUAGUAUUGAAGACAAUGAUAGUAAUGAUAAUUAUAAUCCUG